CAUGAACCUGCCGCCGGACAAGAUGGAGCUGCUCAACCAGUAUGACAACGAGAAGAAGUGGGAGCUCAUCUGUGACCAGGAGCGUUUCCAGGUGAAGAACCCCCCGUCCGCCUACAUCCAGAAGCUGAAGAGCUGCUUGGACACGGGUGGCGUGAGCAGGAAGUUCAAGAGGCGAGUGCAGGAGUCGACACAGGUGCUCCGGGAGCUGGAGAUUUCCUUGAGGACCAACUACAUCGGCUGGGUCCAGGAGUUCCUCAACGAGGAGAACCGGGGCCUGGACGUGCUGCUGGACUACCUGGCCUUUGCCCAGUGCUCUGUCACGUAUGACAUGGAGAGCGCUGAGAACGGCAGCCCAGGCUCUGACAAGGGCAGGGGGCCCGAGCGGUCGCUGGAGGACCUGAGCAAGAGCAGCUCCUCGUCACCCCCCCAGGCUCCCCACAAAGCCCGGCACCUCACCGUCAGGCUGAACCCCUCGCACAGCAGGAAGGCGCUGAGGAGCUCCCGCCUGGUCAGCCAGAAGGACGAUGUCCACCUCUGCAUCAUGUGUCUCCGGGCCAUCAUGAACUACCAGUCUGGCUUCAGCCUGGUGAUGAACCACCCAGCCUGUGUCAACGAGAUCACCCUGAGCCUCAACAACAGGAACGCCAGAACCAAGGCGCUGGUGCUGGAGCUGUUGGCUGCUGUCUGCCUGGUCCGAGGUGGCCACGACAUCAUCCUGGCUGCCUUUGACAACUUCAAGGAGGUCUGUGGGGAGAAGAACCGCUUUGAGAAGCUGAUGGAUUAUUUCCGCAACGAGGACACCAACAUCGACUUCAUGGUGGCCUGCAUGCAGUUCAUCAACAUCGUGGUGCACUCGGUGGAGAACAUGAACUUCCGAGUCUUCCUGCAGUACGAGUUCACCCACCUGGGGCUGGACCAGUACCUGGAGAGCCUUCGCCUGACCGAGAGCGACAAGCUGCAGGUGCAGAUCCAAGCCUACCUGGACAACGUCUUCGACGUGGGGGCCAUGCUGGAGGACUCGGAGACCAAGACGGCCGUGCUGGAGCACAUGGAGGAGCUGCAGGAGCACGUCAGCCAGCUGACCGAGAAGCUGCAGGAUGCGGAGAACGACUCCAUGGCCAAGAUAGCAGAGCUGGAGAAGCAGCUGAGCCAGGCGCGGCAGGAGCUGGAGGCUCUGCGGGAGCAGCUGAGCCCCCCGCGCCCGCCCAGCCCCCCGGCCCCGCAGCCCCAGGAGAGCUACCGGCGGGCACUGGAGCAGCGCCUGGCAGAGCUGGAGGAGAAGGGGCUGGUGCAGAUCCUGCGGGGGCCUGAUGGAGACGUCGCCAUCGAAAUUGUCCCCGUUGUCAUAGAAACCCCAGCAGCCCCCGUGGUUACCGGGGAGGCCACCACCGGCACCACCGGCACCACCGGCACCGACACCGCCCCAGGUACCCCGGAUGUUCCAGCUCCAGCUCCACCCCCACCCCCUGCCCCCCCCUUGCCCCCGCCUCUGCCAGGGGCUGAGCAGGACCCCCUGGUGCCUCCCGCACCCCCCCUGCCCCCAGGCCCCACUGUGCCCCCAGCUCCUCCGCUCCCAGGAGCUCAAGUGCCACCACCCCCACCACCACCCCCAGGGGGGCUGGAGGGCCCCAUCCCCCCCCCUCCUCCUCCCCCACCCCCCCUGGGGGGGCAGCUCCCAGCUGGGCCGAGUGCCCCCCCCACCACCAAUGGUUCAGUGAAGGUGAAGAAGCCCAUCCAGACCAAGUUCCGCAUGCCAGUCUUCAACUGGGUGGCUCUGAAGCCCAACCAGAUCGAUGGCACAGUCUUCACCGAGCUCAAUGACGAGAAGGUGCUGCAGGAGCUGGACAUGAGUGACUUUGAGGAGCAGUUCAAGACCAAGGCGCAGGGCCCUGCCUUGGACAUCAGUGCCCUCAAGGUGAAGGCCACGCAGAAGGCUCCCAGCAAGGUCACCCUCAUGGAGUCCAACCGAGCCAAGAACUUGGCCAUCACCCUCCGCAAGGGCGGGCGCAGCGUCCAGGACAUCUGUGCGGCCAUCGAGAAGUAUGACCAGCAAGCCCUGAGCCUCGACUUCCUGGAGCUGCUGCUGCGCUUCCUGCCCACCGAGUACGAGCGGACGCUGAUCGGGAAGCUGGAGCGGGAGCAGCAGCCGCUGGAGGAGCUGUCGGACGAGGAUCAGUUCAUGAUCCGCUUCAGCAGGAUCCCCCGCCUGGCCGAGCGCAUGAACGUCAUGAUCUUCCUGGGCAACUUCAGUGACACAGCCCAGCUGCUCAUGCCACAACUCAAUGCCAUCAUCGCCGCCUCCAUGUCCCUCAAGUCCUCCAGCAAACUGCGCAACAUCCUGGAGAUCGUCCUGGCCUUUGGGAACUACAUGAACAGCAGCAAGCGUGGGGCUGCCUACGGGUUCCGGCUGCAGAGCCUGGACGCGCUCCUGGAGAUGAAGUCCACGGACCGCAAGCAGACGCUGCUGCACUACCUGGUGCGGGUGAUCACCGAGAAGUACCCGGAGCUGAGCGGCUUCCACACCGAGCUGCACUUCCUGGACAAGGCGGGUUCAGUGUCCCUGGACAGCGUCCUGCAGGACGUGCGGAGCCUGCAGCAGGGGAUGGAGCUGACCCGCAAGGAGUUCAUGCGGCAGGACGACAGCCUGGUGCUCAAGGACUUCCUGAAGGUCAACUUGGAGGUGAUGGAGAAGCUGCAGGCUGACAGCAAAACCGCCAAGGAGGCCUACGAGUCGGCCGUGGAGUACUUUGGGGAGAACCCCAAGACCAGCCCCCCCACCACCUUCUUCCCUGUGUUCAUGCGCUUCAUCAGAGCCUACAAGAAAGCAGAGCAGGACAUUGAGCUGUGGAAAAAACAAGAGGCUGCAGCCAAAGAGGCAGAAUCCAGCCCCCCUGGCAGCGAGGAGCAGCCCGAGGUGAAGCCCACCCAGCGGGCCAAGCGGCAGCAGAUGGACAUGAUCGCCGAGCUGAAGAGGAAGCAGAUGGUGAAGGAGCCGCUGAUCUACGAGGGGAAAGAUGGGGCCAUCGAGGACAUUAUUUCAGACCUGCGGAACAAGCCGUUCCGCCGCGCCGACACCGGCCGCGGCAGCGCCAAGAAGCGGGCGGGGGGACAGACCCUGCAGGCGACGCCGGACCUGGCGCUGUGACCGGCGCCGUCCCCGCUCUGCCGGGCAGGACCGGCCUCCCGGAGCAGGUGGGACCGCAGGACGCCGACCCGCCGGCCCGGGACGACGCGGGGCAGCGGGGCCGGUGCCCGCUCCCGGCUGCUGCAGCCGCUUCGCCUUCCAGCUCCCACCCCGCGGGGCUCCCGCACAGGGACCCCCCGGCGCUUGCUUAGCGAUGCCCCCCGAGCUCCUCU